AUGUUGGAUCAAGAUUUUCCCGGUAGUUUUGAGACACCAGUUCCCAAUACUCUGAUCGAUUUGGUUCAUCGCAGGGUUGAUGUGCAGGUAUCAUACCCAACAGCAUGGAGAGGAAGAAGACAAGCUGCUAAUGAAGUGCGAGGAACUCCAGAAGAGAGCUUUUCUUUAUUACACAGUUACAUGUACAUGCUCGAAAAGACGAAUCCUGACACUGUAACUCGUGUGGUAGUGGAUGAGGCCAACAAAUUUAAGUAUCUGAUUUUUGCCUUGGGAGCUAGCAUAGAAGAGUUCAGCGCGAUGAGGAAAGUCCUCAUUGUGGAUGCAACACACCUCAAGAAUAUUUAUGGUGGAGUUCUACUUGUUGCGGCUGCUCAAGAUCCUGAUCAUCACACCUACCCAAUUGCUUUCGGUGUCGCAGAUGGUGAAAAAAAUGAUAGCUGGAUGUGGUUUAUGGAACAGUUGAAAUCAGUGAUAGGAGAUGUCCCAGGAUUGGUAUUUCUUUCAGAUAGAAACAAAAGCUUGAUCAAUGCAGUAGGUGUAGUGUUCCCUCAGGCCGCUCAUGGGUAUUGUAUAUGGCAUUUGUCUCAAAUUGUUAAAGGCCACGUCCGUAACGACAGAGACACUUGUGCAUUUAAGUUUAUGGAGUGCGCACACGCUUAUACUGUAGCUGAGUUCUUGAACCUUUAUGAUGCUUUUCGCAGAAGGUAUCCUUCUGCAGCGGAGUAUCUUGACAAAAAUGUUGAAGAGGGGAAAUUGGCUAGAUGUUACUUUGAAGGAGAUAGGUACAACGUUGACACCACCAAUUCAGUGGAAUCUUUUAAUGGUGUAAUUAAGGAAGCAAGAAAGUUCACCUUGAUACCAAUGUUUGAUGUGAUCAUUGCAAAAAUGGCUGAAUGGUUUAACAAACAUAGGAAAGAGGCAGCUGAGAUACCACCUACACCAAAGCUUGUGCCUAUUGUGGAAACGAAAAAUGUCCAAAAGAUUGUAAAAGGUAGUGAUGGGAAGGUUUAUACCGUUGAUAUGGCUAUGCUGACUUGCAGCUCUGCCUCCACAUUCAUGACUGAUAAAGCGGGAAGGGAACUCCAUCUAUCUGAGUAUUGUGCUAAGUAUUAUUGGGUUGAGCUAUGGGCUUUAGCUUAUCACAUGACAAUAUAUCUUGUUCCUCAUAUGUCUGAUUGGGUUAUACCAGAAGAAGUUAGAGCACUGAAAGUACUUCCUUCGGAUUAUGAUGUCAAGAAAGGAAAACUACAACAAACAAGGUUUCCAUCAGCAGGAGAAUCUCGUGGAAGAAGAAAAAGAGGCAGAGUGAGCGGCAGAGGGAGAGCCAGAGGCACGGGCAGAGCCAGAGGAAAAGGUAUGGCGGCAUAUUUUGAAUGUGGAAGUGCUUCGGGUUCAGGUGUUUGA